GGUUUACCAAUCAAACCUUGGAAUGAGAGCCCCACAGAGUCCCUCCCAUGACUAUAAUCGAGAUGGAAGAAAACAGAAUGAAAAUGGCCGAGUCCUGCCGCUAUCUGGUCACGUGGGCUUUGACAGUUUACCAGACCAGCUUGUUGGUAGAUCCGUCCAUGAAGGAUUUUGUUUCAAUAUCUUGUGUAUUGGGGAAACUGGUAUUGGAAAAUCAACAUUAAUAAACACACUGUUUAAUACCAACUUUGAAGAACACGAAUCCACUCAUUUUGAGCCAUCAGUAAAGCUUAGAUCACAGACCUAUGACCUCCAAGAAAGCAACGUGAGCUUGAAAUUGACUAUUGUGAAUACAGUAGGAUUUGGGGACCAGAUAAACAAAGAAGACAGCUAUAUGCCAAUUGUGGACUACAUUGACACACAAUUUGAAGCCUACUUGCAAGAAGAAUUAAAGAUUAAGCGUUUAUUGUACAAAUACCACGACACCCGUAUUCAUGCAUGCCUUUACUUCAUUGCUCCCACUGGACAUUCACUUAGAUCCCUUGAUCUGAUAACCAUGAAGAAGUUAGACAGUAAGGUGAACAUUAUUCCUGUGAUAGCAAAAGCAGACGUGAUCGCAAAGUCAGAGUUGCAUAAGUUCAAAACAAAACUGAUGAGUGAAUUGGUCAGCAAUGGAGUCCAAAUCUACCAGUUUCCAACAGACGACGAGACCAUUAGUAAACUGAAUGCCUCCAUGAAUGCACAGCUACCAUUUGCAGUGGUAGGUAGUAUGGAGGAGGUUAAGAUUGGAAACAAGAUGGUAAAGGCCCGGCAGUAUCCUUGGGGGAUUGUACAAGUGGAAAAUGAGAAUCACUGUGAUUUUGUGAAGCUACGUGAGAUGCUAAUUUGCACUAACAUGGAGGACCUAAGGGAACAGACACACAAUAGACAUUAUGAACUUUACCGACGCUGCAAGUUAGAGGAAAUGGGAUUUCAAGACCUGGGUCCUGGAGAUAAGCCCGUAAGUCUGCAGGAGACGUAUGAAGCAAAGCGGCAUGAAUUCUUUGAGGAACUCCACAGGAAGGAGGAAGAGAUGAGACAGACCUUUGUUCAGAGAGUCCGAGAGAAAGAGACUGUGCUGAAAGAAGCAGAGCGGGAGCUUCAGAACAGAUUUGAACAGCUGAAGAGGCUUCAUCAGGAUGAAAGAGCAAGUCUUGAAGAGAAAAGGAAAGAUUUACAGGAAGAAAUAAAUGCUUUCAGUAAACGGAAAGCUGCUGCAGAGCUCUUGCAAGGACAGGCGUUUGGAACCGUGGCCAACACCAGUUUAAAGAAGGAUCGCAAAACGUAAGUGU